AUGGCAGCUGGAUUGUGUUUGUUCUCUCCAUCAGAUUCCUGUCAACUCACAAUCGACACAAACACAGUGAACAGAGAACUCAAACUGUCUGACAACAACAGGAAGGUGGCACAUGUGGAGGAGAUUCAGUCAUAUCCUGAUCAUCCAGACAGAUUUGAAAACUGUUAUCAGCUACUGUGUAGAAAUGGUCUGACUGGUCGCUGUUACUGGGAGGUUGAGUGGAGAGGAUGGGCUGAUAUAUCAGUGAGUUACAGAAGCAUCAGAAGAAAGGGACGCUGUAAGGACUGUUUGUUUGGAGGGAAUGAUCAGUCUUGGUGCCUGAUCUGCUCUCAUGAUGGUCCUGAAUCUGUUUGUCACAAUAACAGAGAAACAUCCAUCCCCUCCUCCUCCUCCUCCUCCUCUGUCUCUAACAGAGCAGCAGUGUAUGUGGACUGUCCUGCUGGCACUCUGUCCUUCUACAGAGUCUCCUCUGACACUCUGAUCCACCUCCACACCUUCAACACCACAUUCACUCAAACUCUUUAUCCUGGGUUUGGGUUCUGGCCUCAUCGUAGUGGUUCCUCAGUGUCUCUGUGCUGACUUGAAUGUAAAGAGUGUCCUCCUGUUAAAGGAACUGUCAAGGUUUGGCUGUGUGGCAGGUAGGAUGUAGGACCCAAAUGCUGGAAUCACAACAGGCGAAGUUAACUGAGAACAUCAGCUUUAUUGGUGGAAACUACAGAUUUAGACAGGAGCACGAGGGAAACACACAGCAGUAAGGGUGCACAACAUGACAACAAAUGGGGAAGACUAAGGACUGAAAUACACAGGCAAUUGUUGGGAUUAAAUUAUUUGAAGUGCCUUAAUUCUAUGCUUUAUAUUAACUAAAAUGCCAUAUAACCAUAUAGUGUAGUAUUAUGUGGACACAGCACUGAAAAAUAAAGGCAUUACACUACGUGUCCUUGGGAAGUGGAAUGCUGUAGACUCUCGCUCAUGCCUGCCGGGGAAAAGCAGAUAACAGGGGAGCAUUUUCUAGUGGAAAGUUACUGAGACACUGUUUAGACUAGAAUGAGAGAGCUUCUGUAAUAAAACUGUUAGGGGCACACCACCAUUUUGAGAUCCGCUGCAACGUGUCAUGGAAGACGCAUCUCCCUUCAUGAAGUAAUAUGAAAGAGAAAUAAAGUGUUAAAUGGUCUACUGAGCAGUGUUUUGUCUUCCAUCAGAUGCCUCUGAGGAAUCAAAAGAACUCGGUGAAGUGUUGGUACCAAACACAGGACAACAAGAGGAUUGGGAACAGGUGGAAACACAGUUCAGACUAAUCAGAUGUAAUGACACAGAGGAAAAGCAAAACUCAAAACACUGAACACAGGACACGAGACUUUCAAAGGAUAACAGGAAGCGGGAGACAGGCAUAGAGACGCAAAGUUGAUAAGGGGACAUGGCUGACAGGGGAGACAGAGAGAACAUGAAGCACAGAGGCAAGUAAGUAGUAAGUAACCCAAGUUAACCAAAUGCCUGUCUAAGUCAGAGAGUCAGUGGUGCAUAGUGGGGGGA